AUUUCUUAAUUUUACUUUCGUGAAAUCAAGUGUAUGUGUACUUGAUUGCAUCUAAAAACUCCUUUCUCAACGAUAGACCACUGGGGGACUUGUAUAUAUGAACAGGAGGACGAGCAGGGGAUCGCAUCCGGUCGGAGAAAGAACUUUCAUCGUGCCGAUACCGACCACCAGCAGUUAACUUCUAUCAUCAGUCUCAGUCAGUAAGUUUAUAAAACUGGCAAAAUUCUUAAUACCAAUAAUACAUUUUUGCCUUAAACUCAAUAAAUUAUCCUGGAAAAAAAAAAUAAAGAAAUAAUAAAUAACUAAGUAACAGUCAUUUAACAAGAGUUUGGAUUUAUUAUAUUAUUUUAUUUACCAUGCAACCAUGGAAUGUGAUAAAUUGGAAGUGUACAGUGCAAAUUGAAAAUUUUAAAAUCCGAUAAGGGAAGAUUCAGCGCUGUCACAAAGUGAAAGUAAUUAAGUGAAAAAAAUAAAAUAUUUCAAGAUAAGAAUUUAAAUAUAUAUAGGCUGUUUAAGUGUUACAAAUAAUGGUGUUUAAAAAGGCAAUAUUUUUUAUUUUACCGAUUUUUAUUAUGGAAAUAAGAGCCUUUGUUAGAUUUCAGACAAAUGAUGAUGAUCCAGAAAAAUCAAGAUUAUAUCACCAUAAAUUUACAGAAAAUCGUACUGGUAAAUUUCUUUUUGAUGAAAUAUUUGGAAUUGAUGUUACUGGAAGUGGUACCAGUGAUAGUGAUGAACAGAGACUUAGAAAUUGUAGUUGUGAAUGUGGAGUUAUAAAUUCAGAGAAUAGAAUUGUAGGUGGUCAGCCAUCGGAACCUCAUAGAUAUCCAUGGAUUGCAAGAUUAGUUUAUGAAGGAAAAUUUCAUUGUGGAGGAAGUCUAUUGACAAAUGAUUAUAUUUUAACAGCUGCUCAUUGUCUUAGAAGAUUGCAACGUUCAAAAAUACGAAUUGUACUUGGUGAUCAUGAUCAGUAUGUUAAUAAUGAAGCAGUUGCUGUUAUGCGAGCAGUAAGUGCAAUAAUACGUCAUAGAAAUUUUGAUAUGAAUUCAUACAAUCAUGAUGUUGCACUUUUAAAAUUAAAAAAACCAGUAAAAUUUACAAAAACAAUAAAACCAGUAUGUUUACCACAAUCUGAAAUUGAUCCAGCUGGCAAAGAAGGAACUGUUGUUGGAUGGGGUCGAACAAUUGAAGGUGGUAUGUUACCUGGACCAGUGCAUGAAGUUAAAGUACCAAUAUUAACAUUAGAUCAAUGUCGUAGAAUGAAAUAUAAAGCAAAUAGAAUAUCAGAAAAUAUGAUUUGUGCUGGUAAAGGAAGUAUGGAUUCAUGUCAAGGUGAUAGUGGUGGUCCAUUGCUUGUUCAAGAAGGUGCAAAAACAGAAAUAGCAGGUAUUGUUUCUUGGGGUGUUGGUUGUGGAAGACAAGGCUAUCCUGGGGUAUAUACAAGAGUUACAAGAUAUUUAAACUGGAUCCAUACGAACAUGCAGGAUACCUGUUUAUGCGUAAAAACACAAGUUUUUGUUGGAUUAUUGAAUAAAUUUAAUAUCUGUGAUUGUGCAAUGAGGUAUCAAGUGAUUAUUGUGUUAGUGCUUGGGACUGUUGUUUCAGGUCAACAAACUCAGAGAGGAUUAGCUGCUAAUUUGGUGAAGAAUUUUUUUGGUAUUUUUGGUAAUAAACCACCAAAUUCCACGACAACAACACCUGAAGGUUGCUAUUGCAGUUGUGGAGUUAGAAAUGAAGAGGGUCGAAUUGUUGGUGGUCAAACAACACGAAUCAAUGAGUUUCCAUGGAUGGCUAGAUUAUCAUAUUUAAAUAAAUUUUAUUGUGGUGGAACACUUAUCAAUGAUCGUUAUGUACUAACAGCUGCUCAUUGUGUUAAAGGAAUUGUUUUUAGAUUUAUGUGGUUUAUGAUAAAAGUUACAUUUGGUGAACAUGACAGAUGUGAUGAAAAAUAUAAACCCGAGACAAGAUAUGUUGUACGUGCAUUAACUGGUGAUUUUAGUUUUCUUAAUUUUGACAAUGACAUUGCAUUAUUAAAACUCAAUGAUCGUGUACAAUUAUCAGAUUCAGUAAGACCAAUUUGCUUACCAUCAGUGAAAGAAAAUGAGUAUAUUGGUACAAAAGCCAUUGCAACUGGUUGGGGAACACUUCGUGAGGAUGGAAAACCUACUUGUUUACUUCAAGAAGUUGAAGUACCAGUUAUGAGCUUACAAGAAUGUCGUAAUACAAGUUAUAAUUCUAAAAUGAUAUCUGACAAUAUGCUUUGUGCUGGAUAUAAAGAGGGAAAAAAAGAUUCUUGUCAGGGUGACAGUGGUGGUCCAUUGAUUGCUGAACGACUAGAUAAAAAAUAUGAAUUGAUUGGUGUUGUGUCCUGGGGUAAUGGUUGUGCUAGGGAAGGAUAUCCAGGAGUUUAUACACGUGUUACUAAAUUUCUUGACUGGCUCAAAACAAAUGCCAGAGAUGGUUGCUACUGUGAACACAAUUAAAUAUUAAUCAUUAUCCACAAAACUCGAUGAUUAAUUAUUGAAUUGAAAAAAAAAAAAAAACAUUUUUUUUUUUACUUUUUUAAAUUAAAUUAAUUAUACAAAUGCAUCGAGCAUCAUCAGUGUCAUACACAUGUAAUCAAAUAUAUUUAUUGUCAUUUUUAUAAAAUCAAAAUAAUCAAAUAAAAAAAAUUAAUAAUUUUCCUAAAUUCCUAAAC